UUCAUCAAGGGCUCUGGGAAUUCAGAGGCAAGCAACAGGCCAUGUGGAAAUCAAAACAGAGAAGCUGUGGAAGAUGAUAUAGGACUUGAACAAGCACCUAAAAAACAGAAUCCCAUGCAUCAUGUCUGCCAUCCAGCUACGAGAAUUCGUUGACCGCCGCCCAGAGAUCCCACCCAGCGUGUUCAUUGGCCGCCAAGGGAAGGACCUGCAGGGCUACCUCCCUGCGCAGCUGCUGAGGGUCCAUCUUGACUACAGUGCGAAGAAACCUCCCAGACCCCUCACAGACUUGGCAAUUCCUCCCGAGAGAAGAAGUCAAUGUCAGCCUCAACUAGACCAGCAAACCCUCAUUCGGUAUAUUUGUUUCCGAAGACAUUCAAAGCCUGCCGAACCGUGGUAUAAAGAAACCACUUACCAAAGAGACUAUUCUCUCCCGUUUUACAAGAUUGAUUGGGACCAGAAAUUAGCCACGGUCUCGUCGAAUCCUAGACCACUUGCUGCGUCGCUGCCAGAGUUCUGCUGUCACCGAAAGAGGUGGUGCUGACGUGACAGCUUUCAAACCGAGUUACUGUGGCGACCCAACAAAACAUGUGGCAUCCUUAGGUGACUCUUUCGAUUAAAAUGAUGAUAGCAGAACUGCUUUUAAUUUAAGUGUGUAUCCAGAUGGCUCCCACCCUAAAAUAUUUGCAUAAAUUGCAAAUUCUUUGCAGAUUAAGUUCGUUGACCUGGGGCAGGGAAUG